AUGGAGAACCAGCCUCCUCUCACAUCACCGGGGGGUUUUAAACAGGAAAAUUACGGGAUUCCAGAGGAUGAUCAGGAUGAAGAACUCAUUGUCAUCAAAGUGGAAAAUGAAGAAGAGCUGUAUGAGAUGGGAGAUGAGCUGUGUAAGGAGGAAGAAACCGCUCCAGAGAUCAGCACAGACCAUGAUUACACCAGAGUGAGAAAUGUCAAAGCUGAUCAGGAUGAAGAAGGAUAUGCAAAGGUUGAAGAGGAAAUUUUUACUGAGGACAAUGCAGAACAUGAAAACACCAGAGCGUCCCAGAGAUCUGCCAAAUUUCAGGAAAUGGAAGAAAGAUGUGUAAAGAUAAAAGAGGAGGACAUUUCUGUAGAGAUCAGCCCAGACUCCGGAGACAACAGGGAGACUCAAAGAAAUGCCAAACCUGAGGAGGAGGAAGAAGGACAUGUGAGGAUUAAAAAGGAAGAAAUGCCCAUGGAGAUCAGCACAAAUGGACAAUACAGAAGAUACCACAUGGAAGAACGUCCUGCUACUCUCCCAGAUGGUGACUUAGAAGAUCAUGACAUCACAUCUGUGUCUUCAGAAGAAGACCUCAUUGCUCCAGAUCAACAUCCAGUGCCAGGAAGGAAUAUUUCAGCCGACGUAACCGAUGACACUUUUGAGAGUGCCGAAUGUUUGGCCCAUAAGGAAAAACGUAUUUCAAAGCCGACAGGCCAAAAAGCAAUUAAGCCGUACUCAUGUUCAGAAUGCAGGAAAAGUUUUUCCCAGAGGGGCUAUCUUCUCUCGCAUAAGAUCAGCCAUACAGGAGAGAAGCCAUUUUCGUGUACGGAAUGCGGCAAAUGUUUCACCUUCAGGUCCAGCCUCUUUGUACAUCAGAGAACCCACAAAGGGGUGAAGCCUUACUCCUGUUCGGAAUGUGGGAAAUGUUUCACUCGUAGAUCCGGUCUUAUUGAGCAUCAGAGAAUUCACAGCGGCGAGAAGCCGUACGCGUGUUCUGAAUGUGCAAAAUGUUUUUCUCAGAAGCAACACCUUAUUGCGCACCGAAGAACUCACUCAGCCGAGAAACCAUUUUCCUGUUUGGAAUGCGGGAAAUGUUUUUCCCACAGGUCGCGUCUGAUCUCCCAUCAGGUCACUCAUACGGGGGAGAAGCCAUAUUCAUGUUCUGAAUGCGGAAAAUGUUUCUCUUUCAAACAUCUACUACUUCUACAUCAGAGAGCUCAUGCGGGAGAGAAGCCAUUCUCCUGUUCGGAGUGUGGAAAAUGUUUUUCCCAAAGAGGAGAUCUUACCUACCAUCAAAUGAUUCAUACGGGGGAGAAGCCUUAUUCUUGUUCAGAAUGUGGAAAGUGUUUUGCUAAAAGGUCACAUCUUGCUAGUCAUCAGAGAACUCACACUGGUGUGAAGCCGUAUACGUGUUCGGAGUGUGGGAAAUGUUUUGCUAAGAGGUCAUACCUUACCGUACACCAGACAACUCAUUCGGGGGUGAAGCCGUUUUCCUGCUCCGUAUGUGGUGAAAGCUUCUUUCUAAAUUCGUCUCUUACUAGGCAUGAAAGAAUUCAUACCGGGGUUAAGCCACAUGCAUGUUCGGAAUGCGGGAAAUGUUUUACAGAGAGAUCUAGUCUCAUUGUUCACCAGCGAACUCACACAGACGUGAAGCCGUAUUCGUGCUCCGAUUGCGGGAAACAUUUCACUCGAAAAACCGGCCUGAUCGAACAUCAGAGAACUCACAGCGGCGAGAAGCCUUAUUCGUGUUCCGAAUGCGGAAAGUGCUUCGCCACCCGAUCGUAUCUUACCAAACACGAGAAAGCUCACUCAGGGGUGAAGCCAUUUUCCUGCUCCGAGUGCAGUAAAAGUUUCCACUUCAAAGCGGAUCUUAACAAACACAAAAAAGUUCAUGCAGGAGAUCUUAAAAAACCCCACAGAGGGAAAGUCGCACAUCUGAAACCUUGUUGCGUCUCAAAUAGUUCGCACAGAUGUGUUCCGGAUUUGGUGAUCUGAGCAUGGGAAAGGUACAACCGAGAGAUCAAAUCUAGCUGCACUUUAUCAAGU